AUGGGUGCUUUCUUUGUCAGCUUUUCAGGAUCUUACGCAGUGAUGCUGCUGGGAAUAGUGACAGUUCUGCGGGUAAACCCAUACUGGCGACGAGCUUGGUUCUAUUGCGUUCAAGUAGCCGCGGCAAGCUGCUACUACUUUGUGGUCGACCAUCUACCAGUUCCGAUGAAGUACAGAGUUUCACAUCCACGCUGCUUCUAG